AUGUUUUCCUGUUUUGUCAUCACAGCGGCAGCAUGCGCAAGAUCAGUGCUGAAGGACACAGCUGAUCAGAUGUUUGUUCAGAUUAAAACCCAUUUAUAAUAGCGCACAUUAUUGCGCAGUGUUUCAGUUUUUGUCAAGCAGGAAGUUUUGUUUUUGACAGAAAACAUGUUAAGGAAAAGUCAGAACCUGAAAUACAUGUUAAGUCUAGUACCUGGAAAAAAACGCUUUGGGGUGUACAGAUUUCUGCCCGUGUUCUUCUGUAUCGGCGGCGUCAUGGAGUGGAUCAUGAUCAAUGUCAGAAUAGGAAGAGAAACGUUUUAUGACGUGUACAGAAGAAAGCAGUCAGAGCGAGCGUAUCAGCAAAAAACUGAAGAGGGCUUGAUUAUGCUCACAGACUCUCAAGCCAAAUGACAGCAUCACAACAUCUCCAUGAAGAGGCUGAAACCAGUUCACUGGACACUGGAAUAUGUUGGCCAUCAGCUGGAAGGCAGCUGUGACAUGGACUGCAGACAAGAACACAGAUGAGGUGCAAAAGAUUGUCACAGUGUGUUUCUGAGGAUGGUGGGGAUUUGUGUGUUGUCUACGUGAGAAAUAUGUUUAUAAUAAAACUGAUUUUGGCAGCUUUGUGAUUGUGAAUAAAAAUGAAAGUCAUUUGCACCAUAUGAUUUUGUAAGAUUGUGACUUAGCAUCUCAUAAUGAGAAAAAAGGUAUAAUAAUGACAAAAUAUGCUAUAUCUUUUGAUCAUAAUAAUGAAUUUGUAUUGUAAUAUUGGAAACAUUAGUUAUAUAAUGAUCACAAUCAUUACAUGACUUAAAAAAAAAAGGAUAUAAUAUACCGUA